UGAGUAGCGGCGGAGACACACCUGUUGGGAGGCGGCAGGUGAAUCAGGAGUUUGGAUACGGAUAGUUCGACGGACCAAAGGGAUUUUCACUGAGGCCCAGCUGCACGAAAAGGUGAACUGCAAGAAAAAGAUGGAAUUUGAUAACAUUAAGUCCUCAGCUGCACUCAUUUACGAUGAGUUCAUCCAAAAAGCAGACUUGCGGACGGCCGACUGGCUGCUCAUGUCGUCUCCUCUGCCCCAGACCAUCAUCAUCGCAGCGUACAUUUACUUUGUCACGUCGCUGGGGCCGCGGAUAAUGGAGAACCGCAAAGCCUUCGACCUCAAAGGCGUCCUCAUCGUCUACAACUUCGGCGUGGUCGCUCUCUCGCUUUACAUGUGCUAUGAGUUUGUGAUGUCAGGAUGGGGAACGGGAUACUCUUUUCGCUGUGAUCUGGUCGACUACUCUAAUUCACCACAAGCUAUGAGGAUGGCAGCAACAUGCUGGCUUUACUACUUCUCAAAGUUCAUCGAGAUGCUGGACACGAUUUUCUUUGUGCUGAGGAAGAAGAACAGCCAGGUGACAUUUCUCCAUGUCUACCAUCACUCCAUCAUGCCCUUCACCUGGUGGUUCGGGGUCCGUUUCGCUGCAGGUGGACUGGGGACAUUCCACGCUCUGCUCAACUGUGUUGUUCAUGUUAUCAUGUACUCGUACUAUGGGCUGACUGCUAUGGGCCCCAAGUACCAGAAGUACCUGUGGUGGAAGAAAUACCUCACUACCAUCCAGCUGAUCCAGUUUGUUAUGGUGACCAGCCACAUCUCCCAGUAUUUCUUCAUGAAAGACUGCCCCUACCAGUUCCCCAUCUUUAUCUACAUCAUCGGGCUGUACGGCCUGAUUUUCCUGUUUCUCUUCCUCAACUUCUGGUACCACGCCUACACAAAGGGCAAGAGGCUGCCUAAAGUGCUGCAGGCUCAGACUUGGGCGCACCACACCAACGGAGUUAUGAAUGGAAACGCCGGCCACGACAAGGAUGAGUGACGCAGGACUCUGGUUGAUCAGGGGUUUCAGGGUUGACCUCAUUUUACGUAAGCAAACCACUGUGGUAGUCUUGAGAUUCAACCCCAAUUUGGCUGGGCUGUAUUUUUUGAUUGCUUUUCUAUGUGUGACUGCAAACAGACAAUCUUUAAAUUAUGACCAAAGUAAUAUUUAAGAAGUUUAUUGAACCAAGCUGAAGGGUUUUAUUUAACUUUUUUUUUUGUUUAUACUGAAGGUAAAGCCCAAGUUCUGCUAUGGAGAUUCCAAAAUAUCCAUCCCUUUUCUGCUGCACUAUGGUUAAAAAAAAAAACAAUUUUAAGUCUCCACCAUUUACACGGAUUAGGAGGGUUGACCUACGGUACGCCUGCAGGGCCCUCAGCUGUACAGUCGCACUGGGCCUCCUCAAAAAGCUUCUAAUGCUAAGAUCAUUUUAUUUCUCUUUGUGACUUGAUCUUACUUCUCGGAAGACUUUUUUAGGAAAUCCAGUGCAGUUUUUUUUUAAAGUUGUGCACUGAAAAGUUAAAGGUUGUUAAUUUCACUCGGCUUAAAAUGUUGACUUUUUUUUUUAAAACAGUGUUUAGGCUACACAUGUCCUGUUGUUCAGGUCCUUGUUUAAAUGGUUACACGCAUGCAGAGCCGGGGUUUUUGUUAAGUUUUUAAAAAGAAAACACACGCAUGCCCACAUCUCUGUGGCUCGAGUCACAGCUGCUGCUGAU